AUGGCAGUGGUAGUGGGGGGGGUUGGGAAGAUUGAGUUUGGAGUGAUGGGCGAAGGCCUAUUCUCUCCAACCCUCCGCACGCAAAGCUUUUCCAUUUCUUCAACCCCUAGGGUUUGCUGCCUCAAAAAUCUCGGCGCAUCGACUUCAAAAAAUUCUCAAUUACGAACACUCUACAAGAGGUCGGUGUUCCCUGUAGAGACACAACUCUCCGACGAAGAUGAUGAAGAUGACGACGACGACGACGAUGAAGCCGCUGAUGAAUACGUCGUCGGCUCUGGUGAAAUUUCCGAUGGAUUUGAAGAUAUUGAGGACGAAAUUGAAAGUUCAGUGGUGGAUGUUUUGGAGACCAAGUCGAAGUUUGAGGAAUUCAAAUGGCAGAGAGUUCAGAGGAUCUGCAAUGAGGUCAGAGAGUUCGGUGAAGACAUUAUCGAUGUCGAGGAACUCGCUUCUAUUUAUACUUUUCGCAUCGAUAAAUUCCAGAGAUUGGCGAUUCAAGCUUUUCUGAGAGGUUCUUCAGUUGUGGUUUCUGCGCCGACAAGUAGUGGAAAAACAUUGAUUGCCGAAGCUGCGGCAGUGGCUACGGUAGCUAGAGGAAAGAGAAUAUUCUACACCACUCCUCUUAAGGCUUUAUCUAAUCAGAAAUUUCGUGAGUUCCGUGAGACAUUCGGUGAUAGCAAUGUCAACGUUGGUCUUCUGACGGAGAUUCUGCAGUCAAUAGAGAUGCUCAG